CAUUGUAAACCACAGACGAGUUGGAGCCUGGCAUUGAAAGGAGGUGUUCUGCAACGAUUUUUUUCUUGUUUAAAGAAGUUUACUUCUACAAGAGGUAAUCUGAAAAUGACAGGGGCAAAGAGAAAAAAGAAAAGUGUGCUCUGGAGCAAGAUGCAUAUGCCCCAUUGUGAAGACUUUAAACAGUGGUGUAGAAGGCGGUUACCUAUUUUGGAAUGGGCAACACAUUACAAUUUGAAAGAAAAUUUGCUUCCAGACGCUGUGUCUGGGAUAAUGCUGGCAGUUCAACAGGUGACACAAGGGUUGGCCUUUGCUGUUCUCUCAUCUGUGCACCCCGUAUUUGGUUUGUAUGGGUCUCUGUUUCCUGCCAUCAUUUACGCCAUAUUUGGAAUGGGACGUCAUGUUGCCACAGGCACCUUUGCCUUGACAUCCUUAAUAUCAGCUAAUGCAGUGGAACGGCUUGUCCCUCUGAACAGUCAGAACCUUACCACACAGAGUAACACAAGUGUGCUGGGCUUAUCUGACUUUGAGAUGCAAAGGAUUGGUGUUGCUGCAGCUGUUUCCUUCUUGGGAGGUGUGAUUCAGGUGGCCAUGUUUGUGCUACAACUGGGUAGUGCCACAUUCCUGCUUACAGAGCCUGUGAUCAGUGCGAUGACAACUGGGGCUGCCACCCAUGUCGUGACUUCACAAGUCAAAUAUCUCUUGGGAAUGAAAAUGCCAUAUAUAUCUGGACCACUUGGAUUCUUUUAUAUCUAUGCAUAUGUCUUUGAAAACAUCAAGUCUGUGAGACUGGAAGCACUGCUCUUAUCCUUGCUGAGCAUAGUGGUGCUUGUUCUGGUUAAAGAGCUGAAUGAACAGUUUAAAAGGAAAAUUAAAAUUGUUCUUCCUAUUGACUUAGUCUUGAUUAUUGCUGCAUCAUUUACUUGUUAUUGUACCAAUAUGGAAAACACAUAUGGAUUAGAAGUAGUUGGUCAUAUUCCAAAAGGAAUUCCUCCACCUAGAGCUCCCCCAAUGAACAUCCUCUCUGCAGUAAUCACUGAAGCUUUUGGAGUGGCACUUGUAGGCUAUGUGGCCUCACUGGCUCUUGCUCAAGGAUCUGCCAAAAAAUUCAAAUAUUCAGUUGAUGACAACCAGGAAUUUUUGGCCCAUGGCCUCAGCAAUGUGAUUCCUUCAUUUUUCUUCUGCAUACCAAGUGCUGCUGCCAUGGGAAGGACUGCUGUCCUAUAUAGCACAGGAGCAAAGACACAGGUGGCUUGUCUAAUAUCUUGCAUUUUCAUCCUGAUAGUCAUCUAUGCAAUAGGACCCUUGCUCUACUGGCUGCCCAUGUGUGUUCUUGCAAGUAUUAUUGUCGUGGGACUGAAGGGAAUGCUAAUACAGUUUCGGGAUUUAAAAAAAUAUUGGAAUGUGGAUAAAAUUGAUUGGGGCAUAUGGGUCAGUACAUAUAUAUUUACAAUAUGCUUUGCUGCCAAUGUGGGGCUGCUGUUUGGUGUUGUGUGUACCAUAGCUAUUGUGAUUGGUCGUUUCCCAAGAGCAAAGACUCUGAGUAUAAAAAAUAUGAAAGAAAUGGAAUUUAAAGUGAAGACAGAAAUGGAUGAUGAAACCCUGCAGCAGGUGAAAAUUAUCUCAAUAAACAACCCACUUGUUUUUCUGAAUGUAAAGAAGUUUCAUACUGAUCUAAUGAACAUAAUCCAAAAAGAAAAUGCCAGCAACCAGCCACUUGAUGAAAUCAGCAAGUGUGAACAAAACACAUUGCUCAAUUCUCUAUCCAAUGGCAUUUGCAAUGAAGAAGCAACACAGCCCUGCCUGAAUCAGAAGUGUUCUUUAAUCCUAGAUUGCAGUGGAUUGACCUUUUCUGACUAUUCUGGAGUCUCCAUGCUUGUUGAGGUUUACAUGGACUGCAAGAACAAGAGUGUGGAUGUAUCAUUAGUCCACUGCACAGCUUCCUUGAUAAAAGCAAUGAAAUACUGGGGAAACCUAGAUUCAGAGAAACCAAUUUUUUUUGAAUCAGUGUCUGCUGCAAUAAGUAACAUCCACUUGAAUAAGAAUUUGAGCAAACUCAGUGACCACAGUGAAAUCUGAGACUCUUUUGCUGAAGUACAGCUCUUUUCUUUAGCAACUGCCCCGAAGAGGCCAUACUCAAGUAUUUUCAGAACAUUUUUUGUUGUGUAGAUCCUACAAAUGACCUCUACUAAAAUAAGUGUGAUGUGACUUAGUAACCACAUAACUUCUGCUCAAGGUUUGCCAACAAUUUUAUCUAAUCUUUGUUAGUAAGCAAGUUCACUUUGUAGGUUAUUGUAUAGUUAUUUUAUAAAAAUCAGUAUGCAUUUAGUUUUAGUGUACUGAAAGGUAAACAUGAAUUUAUUUCCUUUUUUCAUACCAAAGUAUUUUGUGUUACUUCAGUUUGUUGUAUUUCA